CUACAGCACUGACCAGGAGAGACACAGAAGCUGCCCUCAAGGCAUUCCCCUGCGGAGAAUACAAGGGAGUAAUCACAGUUAUCACACGGUGUGGUACAGGCUGCGUAGGGUGAGGGGCUCCUAGCGCAGGCGUCUUCCCGGCAGGCUCUGCCAGAGCUGCGUUUUCCACGGCCUGCUGGAGUUUGCAAUCUUGCAGGCCUCCUCUCCCCAGCAGAGGGACGUGCAGGAACCCGGGCCCACGUCCAGAACAGCUUCUCUCGGGCUCCGAGGCAGCCCACCAGGGCCUUUCGCUGCAGCAAGGACGGCGGCCGGGUCCGGGAGGGAGGCCGGGGCGCUGCGGCCCCGCCCUGGCCAGGCCGGAGCGGGGGCCGGCCGGCCGCGACCGAGCUGGGCGGGAGUCGGCGAGGCAGGAGCUAGGCCGGCCCGACAGCUGCGGCGCCGUCCUUGACAAAGACCCAUCGUUGAGUGAAGCUCUAGUGCAGUGUGUUCAUGCCAAGAUUUUAUAAGCGACAUUUUCAAACUAUGUGAAGAUCCGUUUAAAGAAGAUUUAUUCUUCUGUGAUGGAGAAGUAUGAAAAAAUUGGGAAAAUUGGCGAAGGUUCCUAUGGAGUUGUUUUCAAAUGCAGAAACAGGGACACGGGUCAGAUUGUGGCCAUCAAGAGGUUUCUGGAAUCAGAAGAUGACCCUGUCAUAAAGAAAAUCGCCCUUCGAGAAAUCCGCAUGCUCAAGCAACUCAAGCAUCCCAACCUCGUCAGCCUUAUCGAAGUCUUCAGGAGGAAGCGGAAGCUUCACCUGGUGUUUGAAUACUGUGACCACACAGUGCUCCACGAGCUGGACAAACACCAAAGAGGGGUACCAGAACAUCUUGUGAAGAGCAUAACUUGGCAGACAUUGCAAGCCGUAAAUUUUUGUCAUAAACACAAUUGCAUACACAGAGACGUAAAGCCAGAAAACAUCCUCAUCACAAAACAUUCUGUGAUUAAGCUUUGUGACUUUGGAUUCGCUCGGCUUUUGACUGGACCGAGUGACUACUACACAGACUAUGUGGCCACCAGGUGGUACCGCUCCCCAGAGCUGUUGGUGGGGGACAUGCAGUACGGCCCCCCAGUAGAUGUUUGGGCAAUUGGCUGUGUCUUUGCUGAGCUGCUAUCAGGAGUGCCUCUGUGGCCCGGAAAAUCAGAUGUGGAUCAGCUCUAUCUGAUAAGGAAAACCUUGGGAGACCUCAUUCCUAGGCACCAUCAAGUAUUUAGCACAAAUCAGUACUUCAGUGGGGUAAAAAUUCCAGACCCUGAAGAUAUGGAACCACUUGAAUUAAAAUUUCCAAACAUCUCUUAUCCUGCCCUGGGGCUCUUAAAGGGCUGUCUCCACAUGAAUCCUGCCGAGAGACUGACAUGUGAGCAGCUGUUGCGGCAUCCAUAUUUUGACAGCAUCAGAGAAAUAGGGGAUUUGGCAAAAGAGCAUGAGACAUCAACAAGGAAGGCCCUAAGACAGAGCCGAAAGCACCUGCCGCGGGUAAAAAUGGGGCACUGCUUUACGGAAGCAUCCAAGGUUGCAGUUUCAAAUGAGCUCAUACCUGCCACCUGGUGCGGAGAGUCUGAAUCUAUACUUGAGGUGGCAGUUGUGGCUUGCAGCUCCAGCACCUUUAUUCUUGCAUGAGACACACAGGUCACAAGAUCUACCAACCAGGGUCCCAAAGGCAUCUGCCUGCUCAGGGCCCUUCUCCCAGAAUCCUAAAGGUGACCUUGCCCAGCAGCUCCCUGCUGCCAGCCAGGGGCCAGGGCUUUUGGUGUGCAUGAGCACAGGUCCCAGCUAGGGACAAGAAGCGUGCUUCUUAUGCUUUGGAAAACGAAAUCAAAUUCAUCCCGGUUAGCUCUCUGUCAUCAUGUUUACCUUCAGUAUUGAUUGACACUCCAGGUUUAUCUAAAAAAGGAAAUGUUUUCCUCCCUGAUCCAUUAAUCAUCAGAGUUGGCUAGUGUAAAUGUGGUGAUGAGUGCUUUCAGUGAGAGCAGCAGAACAGUGCAUUUAACCAGAUCACAGCAUCCAAGCUGCAUCCAAGGGAGCCUGUGGGGAAUUGUGAUUGGUGUAAAGUGGCAGAAUGGCCUUACAUUAAGUGUCUUGUCAUAAGCCAAAAGCCGUAAUAAUUUAGGAUGGGCUGUAGUUGGAACCACAGUUAAGGUGAGCUGGCUGCUCCUGGUCGCUUCUGGGUCUGCUCAGGUGCCCCUUAAGCUAUAAAUUAUCUUGUCUUUAGUCUUUCCCUUUGCAGCCUCCUCUGCCCAGUAUGCUGAGUGGCACCUGGGUGGUGUUUGUGAGGCUUGGAGGAGAGAAGAGGGUGGACAGUCCAUUAUGAACAGGUAUAGCAUGAAACCCAGGGCCCUAAAAGACCAGAGUUACGAAAUUAAGAAUGCUUUUAAUGCAAAACAAACUGGAAAUAGACCUUCCCCUCAGAGUUACCCCUUAUCUUGCUGUUUUCUUUGUGUUCAAGCAUCUUAGAACCCUUGAAUUACAAGGGAUUUUAGAAAACCUCAUCCCUUCUUUUAAAGAAACUGGAAUUAAAACUUAAAAAAGUGGGACUUAGGGCUUCCCUGGUGGCACAGUGAUUGAGAGUCCGCCUGCCGAUGCAGGGGACACGGGUUCGUGCCCUGGUCUGGGAGGAUCCCACGUGCCGCAGAGCGGCUGGGCCUGUGAGCCAUGGCCGCUGAGCCUGCGCGUCCGGAGCCUGUGCUCCGCAACGGGAGAGGCCACAACAGUGAGAGGCCCGCGUACCGCAAAAAAAAAAAAAAAAAAAAAAGUGGGACAUCACUGGUGGCGCAGCAGUUAAGAAUCUGCCUGCCAAUGCAGGGGACAUGGGUUAGAGCGCUGGUACGGGAAGAUCCCACAUGCGCAACAACUGAGCCUGCGCUCUAGAGCCCGUGCGCCACAACUACUGAGCCCGUGUGCCACAACUACUGAAGCCCACGCGCCUAGAGCCCAUGCUCCGCGACAAGAGAAGCCACCGCAAUGAGAAGCCCGUGCACCACAACGAAGAGUAGCCCCCACUCACCGCAACUAGAGAAAGCCCGCACGCAGCAACAGACCCGACGCAGCCAAAAAUGAAAAAAAAAAAAAAAACUUAGAAAAGUGGAUUAUCAAUGGCAGAAAGUGAGACUUGUAGCAGAGUUGUGACUAGAACCUCAGGAUGAGCCACCUGCCCAUAAAUGCUACUGAAAUAGGCACCAAUUAAAAAAAAAAAAAAGAGGGUCUUGAUGGAAAUAUUUUUACUUGAAAGACUAGGGGAACCCAACUAAUUUGUGUGUUGCUUGUAGGUGCCAAUUGUUUGAUUUUAAAGUAUUUGUUUUUCAGAUACCUAAGGCCAUAUAGUACUGUACAAAAAAAAAUGUGUUCCCUUACUUUCAUUUGACAUUGACGAUAAAUGCAAACAUUUUCUGGCAGCAUGAAAGGAGCAGUUUUGCCUUUUUAACUAAGGCAGUAGGUGGGCAAAUCACCUGAGUGCUCCAGACAUCAGUUUUCUUCACUACAAGACAAGAUAUUGGCUUAAAUGAUCCCUAAGGUCCCAGCAAGCUCUUAACCCCCAUGAAUCUGUGUUUUUUUCCAGUAAUGUUAACAUGUAGAUUUUCCCUUCUUUUUCAUAUUCUCUAAAUUUCCUUUAAUAUGCAUGUUUUGCUUUAUAAUAUAAAAUAAAUAUUGAAAAGAAAAAGCAGAGACCAAAUUUAUGGGAGGGGGUGAGCUCCACAUCCUUCAAUUCCGCCCCUGAGCAGAGACCAAAUUUAAACAUUUUGUCCUUUCUCAGAUCCUGGAUUCUGUGCAGAAAAAG